CAUUCAUCAUUACUGUUUCACUCGCUUUCUCACCACUGUGUGGGAUCUGAUACAAAAGCAAGGUUAAAGACUAAAGAUAUCUGAAAGUCGGUAUUUAUUGUGUAUCACAACGAAUCUAAACCUGUUGAUCGUGUGAUAUCUCCGGUUUUAGCGAUUCGCACUUCCGAUUUAUUGCCCCAGAAACACUUCCAGUGUUGUUACAAAGUGAUUUAUUACUUAUUCCCCCAGUAACGUGGAGUAACUGGUACGGCACUUACCGAGGCAGGGGAAAGAAGUUGGUUCUCUACUAUGGAACUCUUCGGGCUGUUUAAGAUGCAGUUCAUUUGUCAUCUCUUCAUCUGUUACGUGUUUCUAGUUAGUGGGCUCAUAGUCAACUUCUUGCAGCUCUGCACACUGCCGUUGUGGUGCAUUAACAAACAGCUGGCUCGCAAGGUCAACUGUAGGCUGGCAUACUGUGUCUGCAGCCAGAUGGUGGCACUCCUGGAAUGGUGGUCAGGGACAGAAUGUACACUGUACACAGAUCCUGAAUCCUACCCCUUUUAUGGCAAAGAAAAUGCUAUUGUUAUCCUCAACCAUAACUUUGAAAUUGAUUUUCUGUGUGGUUGGACCUUUUGCGAAAGGUUUGGUGUGUUAGGGAGCUCAAAGGUCCUGGCAAAGAAAGAACUUGCAUAUGUUCCUAUAAUUGGCUGGAUGUGGUACUUUCUGGAGAUGGUCUUCUGUAAGAGGAAAUGGGAAGAAGAUCAGAAAACAGUUGUGCAGAGCCUUCAACAACUUAAGGAUUAUCCAGAGAACUUCUGGUUCCUUCUAUACUGUGAAGGCACUCGCUUUACUCAGAAGAAACACAAGAUUAGUAUGGAAGUGGCAGAGAAAAAAGGACUUCCCAAACUCAAGUACCAUCUCUUGCCUCGCACCAAAGGUUUCUGUGUUACUGUUCAACACCUAAGGGGAACAGUUACUGCUGUGUACGAUUCUACACUUAAUUUCAGAAACAACGAAAUACCGACUUUACUCGGAGUACUAAAUGGGAAAAAAUACCAUGCUGAUUUAUAUGUGAGGCGGAUUCCAUUGGACUCAAUCCCAGACAAUGAGGCUGAAUGUGCCAUGUGGCUCCAUAAACUUUACCAGGAAAAGGAUGAGUUUCAGGAAAAAUACAAUCUGACUGGUCGUUUCCCUGGCCCCACACUGACUCCCUCCUUCCGCCCCUGGGCCUUGCUCAAUUGGCUGUUUUGGAUCUUGCUUCUACUCUUUCCCCUCUGUCUAUUAUUGCUGCAGUUGUUCCAGUCUGGGUCAACUUUCAUCAUUUUCACUACAGUUGUCCUGUGCUUUGCAGCAUCACUUGGUGUUCGUUGGAUGAUAGGCCAGACAGAGAUUAAUAAGGGCUCAAGCUAUGGAAACAAAGGUGGUCAAGUAAAUAACAUCGCCUAAAGGAGCAAAGUGGACCGACAUGGACAGAAACAUCAGCAGCAUGUAUCCCAGAGAGGCCAAGAACAGUGUUCAACAAAAGAGGGAAACAACAAAAUGGACAAAGACAGUAACGGGAGUGUUGACUCCUCAUAUGGAAAACAGCAUGCGUCGUCAUUUGAGAAGAGAAAAGACGUUAAUGUAUGCAAUAAUGCUGACAAUAAGUUUUGUCAAAAUUGUGAUUCUCAUUUAUGUCCAGAAUGUUUUUUUUUUAAUGAUGCAGUAAGCCAUUAAUUAAAAAACUGACCUGUUUAUUAA